GCCCCAAGAAAAUCCUGAUAAUAGUGCAGCUGUGCAGGCCACAGUAGUCUUGAAUGGUUUAAUUUGCUCCAUCGUCUUGUAGAAAGCAAAUUAAGAUGGCAAACAUUCGCUUCUUAUCCACCACCACCGUCCGGCCGACAGCGAGUCAUCCCAGCGAGUCAACCCGGAGGGUUGAGCUGACUCCAUGGGAUCUUCAACUCCUCACACUCGAUCAAAUCCAAAAGGGUCUCCUCUUCCUCAAACCUACACCCUCCCAAGAAAAUAAACUAAAAGGCAGUGUUAUUGAUCAACUAAAGACCUCUCUGUCUCGCACGUUGGAUAUUUUCUAUCCUCUCGCCGGCCGCCUAGUCAUGGUUGAAAACGAUGAUGACAAGACCACCUCUUUCUUUGUCGACUGCAAUAACCUUAACCUUGGAGGAGCAGAGUUUGUUCAUGCGGUGGCAGAUGGCGUCACCGUGGCCGAUAUCCUUGAGCCCCUCUACGUUCCCGAUAUUGUCAACUCCUUCUUUCUGAUGAACAGGGUAUUGAACUGCGAAGGUGUUUCCAAGCCAUUGCUGGCGGUGCAAGUGACUGAGCUCGUUGAUGGCAUCUUCAUCGGUUGCACUUUAAACCACAGCGUUGCGGACGGCACCACCUUCUGGCGUUUCUUCAAUACUUGGUCUGGGAUCUCUACGGGUUCUUCUGAUCCCACCUCACAAUCUCCUCCGAUCUUCGGGUCGGGUUUUCUUGAUGGUAUUAUGAAUCUCCCCAUUCGAAUUCCUUUCCAAUUCCAGCGCAAUGAGAGUUCCAACACUAGUCCACCCCUAAAACAGAGAGUUUUUCAUUUUUCGAAGGAGAAAAUCCAACAACUUAAAGCAAAAGCAAAUGCUGAAAUGAGCACUAACAAGAUCUCGUCCCUUCAAGCGGUUCUGGCUCAUCUUUGGCGAUCUGUGGUUCGCAGCCGGCGUCUCAAUGCUGAUGAAGAGACUUGUUACGGCGUACUCGUGGGAAUGAGGCAAAGAUUACAACCACCAUUGCCGGAGGAGUAUCUAGGAAACGCGAUUCUAUUCGGGAACGUAACGGCCACUGCAGGGGAUCUUCUUGAACACGGACUAGGCUGGGCGGCUUCGCAGAUAAACGAGAUGAUUGCUUCUCAAAACGUAGAAGAAAUAAAAAAGUAUGUGGCGGAUUGGAUAAAAACUCCUAAGUUUCUAACAAUCAGUGACCUGCUAAUUAGUAAGAAAUUGGCCACAGGAAGCUCGCCGAGGUUCAAUGUGUACGGCAAUGACUUCGGUUGGGGAAGACCCCUUGCGGUGCGGAGUGGUGUUGGGAACAAAUAUGACGGGAAGUUAACCGUGUUUCCCGGGCCAGAAGAAGGAAGUAUUGAUUUUGAAGCUUGCCUCUCGCCUGAGACGUUGCUGGCUAUGGCGGACGAUGCAGAGUUCAACGAGGCAUUAGUCUCACAAGUCAUGUGACGGAGUUAUCCCAGUCGGAUUAAUUUACUUUUCUGAGUUUCCUCAAAUGUUUGAUCUAAAGUUCUCUGCAUUUAUGCUUUUGUUUUCUGCAUGCAAGUUUCACUUUCAGAAUGAUUUCAUAGUUGGAACAUUUGUUCAACCAGCUAUUUUGUCAAACUUAUGUAUUCUUCUCCUUGUUUGUGAAGAGAGAAAAAAUAACGCAGGAGUAUUUCAUUUAUAGUCUAUACAGAUUAUGAU